AUGAAGAUCAAUUUAAGCGCCCUCUCCCUCAUCGUUGCGCUGGUGGGAGCCUCCAGCUUCGUGUUCCUCGUGGUGGCCAUCGGGACGGACUUCUGGUACAUCAUCGACGCCUCCAAGGUGGAGGCGGCCGCCAACGGCACGGACGCGCUCAGCUCGCACUCAGGGCUCUGGCGGACCUGCCGGCUUAGAAGCAAGUGUUAUCCUUUGAUAAACCCUUUCUGGCAUGACGGUGUAAACAUCACUGCUUCACACAGACAGCUUUUAUACAUGCAUGGAACAUUUGUCAUCCUGAUGCCCCUCAGCCUGAUAUUGAUGAUUUUUGGAGGAAUGACUGGAUUCGUCAGUAUUCUUGCCAGGGCCUACCCACUGCUUCUAAUGACGGGGCUGCUUUUUCUUUUUGGAGCUCUUGUUACACUUACUGGGAUCAGCGUCUAUAUUGCCUACUCAGCUGCUGCCUUCAAAGAAGCAGUUUGCCUGCUGAGGAGUAAGGAUCUCUUGGUAGAAAUCGACAUCAGGUUUGGCUGGUCUUUGGCACUAGUGUGGAUCUCCUUUGUUGCAGAAGUGCUCACCGGCGCUGUGUUUCUCCUGGCAGCAAGAGUAGUGGGCCUGAAACGGCAACGUGAGCAGACACUGUGAACAACAGAUCUAUUCUACAGAUAAUGCGAUACUUUUGAAGUGCCUGUGUCACAUAUGAAUCAGCAGUCUCUGCUGACAUCUUGUGGCACCACUGAGCAGUUGGCUGAAUUUGGAAAGAGAACGUUUUUAUACCUGGAAUUAUCAGUACGGCUUCAAGAACAGAAGACACUUCUAUGCUCACUGGACCCCCCCUUUGUUUUUUUUCUUUUUCAGUAGUGCGCAGAAUCUCAUCUAGCAACUGCUAAAUCACUUACUGCUUUAGGAUGCAGCUGCCAGCAUCUGGCCACCUUAAGUUGUCAAAUGAUGAGAAACAUACCAUUGAUCUUUCU